CAGCAUGGGCGACUGGAGCUUCCUGGGCAACAUCCUGGAGGAGGUGAACGAGCACUCGACCGUCAUCGGGCGCGUGUGGCUCACGGUGCUCUUCAUCUUCCGCAUCCUCAUCCUGGGCACGGCCGCCGAGUUCGUGUGGGGCGACGAGCAGUCGGACUUCGUGUGCAACACGCAGCAGCCGGGCUGCGAGAACGUGUGCUACGACGAGGCCUUCCCCAUCUCGCACAUCCGCCUCUGGGUGCUGCAGAUCAUCUUCGUGUCCACGCCGUCGCUCAUGUACGUGGGCCACGCCGUGCACCACGUGCGCAUGCAGGAGAAGCGCCGCGAGCGCGAGGCCGAGGAGCCGCCCGCCGAGGCCGAGCGCGCCGACCAGGGCAGCGUGCGCAAGGGCAGCGGCAGCAGCCAGGGCGCCAAGAAGUUCCGGCUGGAGGGCACGCUGCUGCGCACCUACCUCUGCCACAUCGUCUUCAAGACGCUCUUCGAGGUGGGCUUCGUGGUGGGCCACUACUUCCUCUACGGCUUCCGCAUCCUGCCGCUCUACCGCUGCAGCCGCUGGCCCUGCCCCAACGUGGUGGACUGCUUCGUGUCCAGGCCCACCGAGAAGACCAUCUUCAUCCUGUUCAUGCUGUCUGUGGCCUCCGUGUCCCUCUUCCUCAACAUCCUGGAGAUGAGCCACCUGGGCCUCAAGGGCAUCCGCUCGGCCUUCCGGAGGCCCGCGGACCAGCCGCCGGCCGAGAUGCCCGAGAAGUCCCUGCACUCCAUCGCCGUCUCCUCCAUCCAGAAAGCCAAGGGCUACCAGCUCCUGGAGGAGGAGAAGAUCGUGUCGCACUACUUCCCCUUGACUGAGGUCGGCCUGGUGGAGACCAGUCCCCUGGCGGCCCAGCCUUUCGGUCAGUUCGAGGAGAAGGUGGGCGCGGGGCCGCUGGCGGACCUGGCCCGGGGCUACCCGGAGACGCUGCCCUCCUACGCGCAGGUGGGAGCCCAGGAGGGCGCCGGCGAGGAGCCGCCCGCGGAGGAGGGAGCGGAGCCUGAAGUCGGGGAGAAGCCGCGAGAGGGCGAGAGGGCCACCCUGGAAGGGCAGGACGCGGUGGCCGUGCCAGACGGGGACAAAGUCGAGACCCCCGCAGUGGGAAAGGAGGGUGACAAAGAAGAGCUGCAGGCCGAGAAGAUGACCAAGCCGGGGCUGUCGGCAGAGAAGGCGCCUUCACUCUGUCCCGAGCUGACCGCUGAGGAGGCCAGGCCCCUGAGCAGGCUGAGCAAAGCCAGCAGCCGGGCCCGGUCAGAUGAUCUGACCAUAUGAAGUGAGGCCGAAGACCGACACCCCUCCCCAGCAAUACAGGGCAAGAUGAAACAACGAGGUGCCGACGUCCUUUGAGUCUUCUGUCCCCUCUGGUCACCGCUGUCCCGGGCUGGACAGAUGCAGCCAUUUUGGAACAGUGCAUGCAUGAGAAAACAGCCUCUCCCAUACACGAGCACUACCAGGAUGGACUCACUGACAGCCAAGUUCCCAGUCCCAUGACUGUCCUGUCCUAUACUCCAGCGGCCGCGGGGGACUUCGCUUUGAUCCUCAUUUCUCCAUGGAAACCCUUCCAGUCAGACCUGUGGUUAUACAUAGCCUCUUCUCAGUCCUGUCCCAAGCUAACUCAGCCAGACUUUACCACCACAGCACCUCCCGAACACCAGCUGACCGCGGAUCUGAACUGGGAAGUAGGGCCUGCUCUCCUGCCUGCAGAGAGGUGGGGCUGUGAGAGUUGAAGAGCAGGGCCAGCUGCCGGUCAGUUCCAGGUAAUCAUCACCUUGCAGUGUCACCUGGUCAUCUGAUUUCCCAAGAGAAGCCAGAAAUUCAAACUUGUGUAAAUUGAAGUUUCCAAAAAUUUUUAACAUUGGCAACUAAAUUGUAGAUACAAUACAUGGGUCAAAUGAAAUGUGUGCAAACCAGAUUUAACCUGCAAGGGCACCAAUUUGCAACGCCAGCAUACAUUAGUCAGCCCAGCUUUCCUGUGGAAUUGGUCUCAUUAUUUAUGGUCUCAACCCCUUUUUGUAGCUUCCAAAUGUCAUUUCAGCACGUGGGAGUGUGAGUGUGAGUCCGCAGUCCAGGAGAUGCCCUGCGUUCAUACCAUUCCUCGGGAUCACUGGAGGCCCUAGGUUCUGAAAGAAGGAAUUUGGCCCUGAAUGCCGUCAGAGAAGGAGCAAGAGGCUGAAAUUGCUCCCGAGACAUGAAAAGGCUUUAGGCUUUGAGGUCUGUUCACAGUUUUGUUGCCUGAAGCAACACUUUGUUUUGUUUGGUUUUAAUUUUCCUCUCCUAACACCAGUUCUUAGCCUAAAAUCUACACCUUCCUUCAUAAGGGGCAAAGAGGAGGGCCAGUUCUGAGCUGGAGGACACCUACUCGCAGGCCUGUCCUCCCAAGAUCAGCUCUCAGGUCUUGCCUAGCACAAGGCAAGUACCCAAGGAGCCAUCAGAAUAGCAACUGGGGGACCUCUUACCAGGUGGGCGCGACAGAGGAGAGGAAUCUUGUAGUUCUCCUGCCCUGUUUCCCCACAACCAGCCCACCUCAAACCAGAACCCAGUCAGGGGAAGUCCUCUAGGGAAUUCCUGUCUCACACUGGAGGCAGUUUUACCUGGGGUCUGUGGAUUUCCAGAGCAGAGAGAGAAGUGCUAACUAAGGUGGUCUGUGUAAACCAAACCAAGGCUCACGGACUUCAGUGCCAACCAAGGCGUCGUAGGUGCAGAAACCAGGUCCACAGCCGGGAGCUGGCAGGAGGCCACCGGAGGGCCUGAGGAAGUACUUUAAAAAGCCUGCCUUUCUCCCCUGCCCACAUGGAAGACCGUGUCUUGACCUUCCUUGAGGAGGAAGGGGCAUACCUAGAAGAGCAGGGGUAUGCUUUCCAAAGCAAGCCUUCUCCCACAGUACUCCUCCCAUGACAAGCAAUAUUCCCAUUUCUUGUGUCUCUUUCUAAAGCCAAAUGGACUAAAAAUCAAAUUCAUUCUAAGAUGAAUUGCUAGAUAAUUAGUCCUUGGAAAUUUGCAUUUGAAAGAGAAAACCUAGGCCUCUCUCCAUGAUGGAGGGAUGUGCCUUUAUUUUUUCAGCUCUGACAAAUAAACUGUCUUGUGUGUAAAAACAAGAGAGAGAGAGAGAGAGAGAGAAAGCCUAAAACAUAUUUCACCUAGGAAACUCAAGUGACAAACUUCCAGUGGAGGAAUGUAUCGGGCAAUGCACAAUUGAACAGCCGUUAUCUUACAGACAUGUGACUUUCUGGCGACUGCUUGAACCUGACCCCUUGCAAGUGACAUUAUUCCAGCACAGACCUUGCCACAUAUGGGGAGGGAAGUAUCCAGGAAGUAUCUCAGGUCUGAGAACCAGAGGGUGCAUCCUUGACUGCAAAGACUGCCCUUUUGCUCCUGUAGUUUUUCUUCCUUUGUUUCCAUGUUAGUGGAAGUUGUUUUUGUUUUUGUUUUGGGGGUGUUUGUUUUGUU